AAGUGACGAAGGGGCGUAGUUUGCUGUGUGCGGCGACGUGGCGGCGAGGCCGGCUCCGGACAGCGGAAGUGGCUCCCGCGCUGGGACUUGAGUGUUUGUGUUUUGGUUCGUGAAGGAGCCUGCGGCCAGCCUGCGGCCAGCCUGAGGGGAGGAGGCAGAGGAGGGAGGAGGUGGAAGGAUUAGUUGGUACUCGAGCGCCGGCGGCGGCGGAGGAGAAGAAAAGAAAGAGGAAGGCGGAGCGGGGAGAGGCGGGGACGGAGCCCGACAGGGGCGGCACCACGGCACGAGCAGCGCACCGUCCAGUGUGAGCGGAGCGGCGCGAGGAGGAGACGCCGCCGCUGCCGCCGCAGCCUCACUCUCGUCCCUCGGGCCACGCCUGGGCCUUGCUGCCGGAAGCUUCGGCCCUGCGGCUCAGCGUGCUGCGGUCUCAGGUUGUUUUACCUCCAGAAAGAGAAAAAUUGGCCCCUUGCAUCCUGGAAGUUCAUUUAAGAGUCUGAAAUUAGGGACUUCUUUCAUAUUUGGAUAUGGCUAAUCGAGGAGCAACAAGACCCAAUGGGCCAAAUACUGGAAAUAAAAUAUGCCAGUUCAAACUAGUACUUCUGGGAGAGUCUGCUGUUGGCAAAUCAAGCCUAGUGCUUCGUUUUGUGAAGGGCCAAUUUCAUGAAUUUCAAGAGAGUACCAUUGGGGCUGCUUUUCUAACCCAAACUGUGUGUCUUGAUGACACAACGGUAAAGUUUGAAAUAUGGGAUACAGCUGGUCAAGAACGAUACCAUAGCCUAGCACCAAUGUACUACAGAGGAGCACAAGCAGCCAUUGUUGUAUAUGAUAUCACAAAUGAGGAGUCAUUUGCAAGAGCAAAAAACUGGGUUAAAGAACUUCAGAGGCAAGCAAGUCCUAACAUUGUAAUAGCUUUAUCAGGAAACAAGGCUGACCUAGCAAAUAAAAGGGCUGUAGAUUUCCAGGAAGCACAGUCCUAUGCAGAUGACAAUAGUUUAUUAUUCAUGGAGACAUCAGCUAAAACAUCAAUGAAUGUAAAUGAAAUAUUCAUGGCAAUAGCUAAAAAGUUGCCAAAGAAUGAACCACAGAAUCCAGGAGGAAAUUCUUGCAGAGGAAGAGGAGUAGACCUUACUGAACCCACACAACCAACCAGGAGUCAGUGUUGUAGUAACUAAAUCUCCAGUUUGAACUAGCUGGAAUAUUCUUCUGCUUCCUAAAUGUUAUAACAGUGGAAUUGGAGCAUUUAACCAGCCCAGUGUGACUUCCAAAAAGAAGAGACUUAUGAUAAGAGUCAAGUUUCUAAUACAGAAUUAUUUUAAGUGUUUUGAACUUAAUUUUUAAUAACAUGCAUGUGUCCCUCUGACUAAUGUUUCAGCAAUAGAAAGGGAAAAUGAGAAUUACAAGUAUGUGUGUACUUGUUUUAUUGGAAGAUUAGGAGGAAUUGUUUCUCAUCACUAGGGAUAUAGACAAAUGACCCACAGUUAACCAGCCAGUUUCUCCAAACUGGUACAUAUUAGUCAUCUGUGGGAAAGAUCUGGAACUUAUUAAUUUGGACUCUUCAAAAUGUUCGUUUUUUAAAAGGAGAUUCUAAAGAUUAUGCUUAGCUCUCAGUAUUCAGGCAAAUAAAUGGUAAUUUCCCCUGGUAUCUAUAAAGUAUACAUUCCACAUUUUAAUAAAUGAACUACAAGAAAACAGUCCCCACAUCUCCAGGGGGGAAACGGAUAUUAAUAGCAUCUAAAUUAUAGCCACUUCUGGUAUUUUUUUAAUGGGAUAAGAAAGUCAAAUGUAACACCAUCUUGUUUUCGGAAUAUGAAAACUAACUGAUAAAUGCAUCUUAAUGGAUGGUGUUUCCAUCAAACGUGAACUCUUCAACAAAAAUGAAACAAACCCAGGUGUCUGUGAUUUCCUUUUAAUCACUGCUGGCCAUUACAUAGGUUUUGUUGGGGGGCAGGGAAGGGGCUUUUGUUCCCUUUGGACAUAAUAUAGUCAGUGCACUAACAAUUAUGUACAUUCAAACUUGAUUAUUUUAAAUUCAGUCUUCAGCUGUACUGUAUAUAGGGUACUGCAUUGUAGUCUCCAUAUGUUUAUUACUUUUCUGUAAUAUUUAAGUGUUGCUUAAAAGUAUACAAAAUGUACAGUUACUAAAACAGCUAAUUAUUUUGUUUUCUCCUCCUUUGAAAGGAAGGGGCAUCAGUUGUUCUUUCAUGGCUAGAACCAUAAUAAACAAUGUACCUGUAAUUUGUAACAGAAGUAUUGCAAUAUGUUAGUAACAAUCUUGCAGCCUAGUUUUCCAAAGUUCAUUUUAUUUUGAUCAGUUCAGUAACUUGCACUAAUUAUUUUAGGUAUUUUCAUUAUAUGAAAUCUACCAUGUGUCAGAGAUGAUUUAAUCUAUUUAAGUGUUGAACUGCUAGCAGAACUUGUACAUUUACAGUAAUUCAGAAUUAGUAAGGAAAACAGUUCACCAGUGUUUAGUUUUAUAUUGAGGUGCUCAGGUUGGAAUAAAGUGGUAUAAAAAGCAA